AUGGUGGCAAUUUCACAGAAAUCGAUGGUUCAACGACCACCAAUGUGGAAAGUAUGGCUGGUGGCCGCACGCCCCCACACGCUGACAGCGGCGAUUGCGCCUUGUAUCGUCGGCAGUUGUGUCGCCUUCUCCGAGACCGGACAUUUUCCCACUCAGAUCACUUCGCUCUGGACGUUGUUUUGCAUCUUUGUGCAGCUGGGAACAAACCUCCACAAUGACUAUGCGGACUUUGUCAAGGGAGCAGAUACCGAUGCUCGAGUGGGUCAGGCCCGGGCCACACAAAAGGGUUGGUUGACACCCCAACAAACAGCCAUGGGAGCUACUGCCGUCUUAAUGGGCAAUUUGAUCAUUGGCUUGUACUUUCUCUGGGAACUGAAAAAACACGGCAAGAAUAACAAGAUUGAUUGGCUCUUUCUCUGCAUUGUCAUCUCCUCCAUUUUCAAUGCAUUUGCUUACACUGGUGGACCUUAUCCCCUGGGAUACAUUGGUUUGGGCGAUUUCUCUAUUGGAUAUUCUGGUCUGGGAGACAUUUUUGUCUUUCUCUACUUUGGAUGUGUGGCAACCAUCGCCAUCCCGUACCUGUACCACAGGACUGUGGUCAACCCCAGUGAAUCCGUUGCCGACGCCUUACAUUACCUAUUGCUAAACCCACAAAAACCGACCAUGCCAUUGGCCGCCACUGCCGUCGGCUUGAUGGCAACCAACAUCUUGGUAGUCAACAAUCUGCGUGAUCGUCAUACCGAUAUCCACGCUGGAAAACGCACAUUGGCUGUCCGUCUCGGUGGCACCUUUUGUCGGGUACAGUACACGCUCCAGGCACUGGCUUCCUAUUUGCUGGUGCUAUUGGAUUACACCCUUCAUGAACAACUGCAACAAGACCAGCAACAACAACAACCGGAAAUCAAAUACAUCCGGCUGCUGCCACUCUUGUCAUUGCCUCUAGCACGCAAAGAGAUUGAAGCCAUUUGGAACACGGAUGGGAAAGCUCUGAAUUCUCAUGUUGGCAAGACUGCCCUUCUCGAGCUGGUCUUUUGUAUCCUCUUGGGUGUGGCUCUGGUCAAAGCAGCUUGA